AAAUCGCGGGGCGGGCAUGGCCGCUCUCAGGAUCCUCUCUAGUCUCUGUUUCUACUCAAUUCUAGAUUUUUCUAACGAUAGUCACGAUGCAUGAAUAUCUAGACGCGCUCAGUAGUGGCAACUUCAAACAGUUCAGACCGCUACACGCCGAUCACGCGUAGAGGCGUAAACGCCGUAAACAACGCCAACUGUACCUUACGAGGGACACGCGACGUUACAACAGUGGUUCGUCGGCGCGGCGAGACACGGCGAGGUGGUAGAGACGAUCGAGAAAUCGAGUGUUCUUUCAAAUCACCUUCGUAAUCAAAUAACGGCGAUUAUUGGGUGAUUAAAUAGCGAGCAAGGUGUGCAAAAGCACACGAAUGUGGGAGUAGUCCCUAAUCGAGUUUACGGACGCAACGUAGUCGCAUCGGAAGCGCGUGAGGGGGCGAAGUUUGAUCGAUUGUUUGUUUAUCGCGAGGUACAUACAUUAACACAUUUUCUGUAACGCGUACAUACUCGUUCCUUGGUUCUGCGUCAUUCGACGUAAAUUUGACCUAAAUAAACAAAAACGUGAUAUUUUUUCUAAACCACGUUAAAAAUCUGCAUCUAAGAAAAAAUAAAAUUAAAAUUAUGAUCACGUUGCGAGAGUACCUAUAGCUUUUCCGUAGCUACGAAACGCGCAGUUUUCGUCUGCUUCGAAGUAUGGAUCCGGAAAUCGGGAACUUCGAGAUACGAUUUGUUAAGAUUAAGUAGACUCUUUUCAGGCGAAUCUCGCCGUUUUUGUUCCUCGAGAGGCCUCGGCAUUGUUGUUACGCAGCUGCUGAACGAUCGUCGAAGCACGAUGGAGAAGCCAGUCUCAUCCGACAUAGUCAUCAUAGCGGGCAAUUCUCACCCGGAGCUCGCCAACCUUAUUGCAAAUCGCUUGGGUGUAAAACCUGGUGGUUGCGCUGUAUAUCACAAGUCAAAUCGCGAGACAAUGGUGGAGAUAGGGGAUUCUGUACGCGGCAAAGACCUGUAUUUAAUCCAAACCGGUACAAAGGAUGUGAACAAUAACAUAAUGGAGCUACUUAUUAUGGCCUAUGCAUGUAAAACGUCAUCAGCCAAAAACAUUGUUGGAGUGAUUCCGUAUCUACCUUAUUCCAAGCAGUGCAAAAUGCGCAAACGUGGCUGCAUAGUGUCCAAACUCUUGGCAAAGAUGUUGUGCACGAGCGGCUUAACUCAUAUUAUCACCAUGGAUCUUCAUCAGAAAGAAAUCCAAGGAUUCUUUGAUGUUCCCGUGGAUAAUUUGAGAGCUAGUCCAUUCCUUUUGCAGUACAUUCAAGAAUCCAUUCCUGACUAUCAUAAUUCUGUGAUCGUUGCAAGAAAUCCAGGUAGCGCAAAGAAAGCGACUAGCUAUGCUGAAAGGCUGCGCCUGGGAAUUGCGGUGAUUCACGGAGAACAGAGAGAAGCUGAAUCUGAUAUGAAUGACGGUCGCUACUCGCCACCUGCGUUAGCAAUGGCCGCACGUACGAUGGAGGUUGGCGUGGGUAUGCCUUUGCAUCCGGCGAAGGAGAAGCCACCUAUAAGCGUUGUUGGAGAUGUCGGCGGACGUAUCGCUAUUAUGGUGGAUGACAUGAUAGAUGAUGUACAGUCGUACGUAGCCGCUGCCGAGGUACUUAAAGAGAGAGGAGCUUACAAGAUAUACGUUUUAGCUACACACGGUUUGCUCAGCUCGGACGCGCCUAGACUCAUCGAGGAGUCUCCGAUUGAUGAGGUCGUUGUAACUAAUACAGUUCCGCACGACGUGCAGAAGAUGCAGUGCCCGAAAAUCAAGACUGUCGACAUCAGUAUUCUUUUAGCAGAGGCAAUUCGACGUAUACACAAUAAAGAAUCGAUGUCGUAUUUGUUUAAGAAUGUAACUUUGGAAGAUUAGGAACUAGACAGUUGCAUAUAAAACAAAUCACAUUUUGAUCAUGAAUAAAAUGACGAUUGAAAGUCACACAAGAUUUAAAUGCCGGGGACCAUGUCCAGAAUACAUAUCCGUCUCUUAAUUUUCUACACUAUUUUUAUAUUUCCUCAAUUUGUGAAAUAACAGUGAGCGUAAUUAGUCCCUCGCGUUCGUCAGAAAGAAGAUAAUCGACCGAAAUUGGUCUUGUAUGUACACAUUUCUUCUUUGUAGCUAUCUUUUGUCUAUAGUACAUAUUAGAGUAUAUACAUAUUAGAUUAUAAUGUAAAACAGCCAAUAUGAGCCGUAUUCGAAUACAAAGUAUAGUCAUUGCAUAUAAUAGAUACUGUACAAUUUUAGAACUCUGUAAAUUCAUUAUAGACGUAUAUUCUGUGCUUACCAGUGAUCUAGUGCUACUUUUACUGUAUGAUUAAAAAUGUAUUUUAGAUCAAGACAUAAUAAAUAUAUUUCAAGAUA